AUGGCGGCGACACAAGCCUCCCAGAUCCGCCUCUCGCCGGACCACCUCGGGCUCGCUCGUAUCGAUGCUAGCCUUGCGGCCGGUGCCCUCGAGGCCGCCAACCAACUCCUGCAAAAGAAUCACGACGAAUGGCACAUGUAUUUCCAGGACAUCGCCGGCCACAACCACAUCUCGCACAGUCUGCUCACCGUGCUGGCCAUGGGUGGGGGCCCCGACCAACUUCGGCGCGCUUACGACGACGGCGAGAUCCUGCAGCGUCCACUGCCACCGUUAGCGCCAGAAUCUAUCGAGUCUCUGCACGACCCGGAGGUUUUCCUGUCCCGCAUGGUCAAGAUCCCCGAGUACACCAAUUUCCUCGUCUUUUUCGAACGGGAAAUCGAAGCGAAGGGCUGGCAGGCUGUCGUGACCGAAUACUGUUUCAGUGGCACUGCCGUUGCAGAGGCUGUCUUCGCUCAGCUUUUCGAGGGGCUCUACCACCCGCUCAUCCACCUGGGCUUUGGCGUCGAGUUUGUCCAGCCCAGCAUUGUCGCGGAAGGCCUGGCCCAGGCCGCCUCGCAUCAUCCGGGCCUUAUCUGGACCCCGUUCUUCCGCCGUAGCGAAGCGCUCGCCCGCUCUGGAACCGUAUCGCCCAAGCCGCUCGUCGAGUUGUACAGGGCCGUGCGUAGCAACGAGAAAAUUCGCGCCGCCGCUCGCCUCCAGGAUGGCCCCUUCCGUGGCCAGGGGUUAGUCGAGCGGGCGGCGGAUGAGUUGAUCCCCAUCGCCGCGCAGUUCCAGGUCACCCCGGACAAUUUGCAGCGCGCGGCGGCGGAGAUGAUCAGUUGCUCGGCCUUUACGACUGCUGCUCAGAAGCCCGGCAAGACUCCCAAGGUGGACUUCUUCUACCUACAUAUGGUCACCUCGGCCUUAUUCGUGGAUGUUCUGCUGCGCCAGGACUGGAUCUCGAUUGAGAAUAAGGUGCGUCUGCUAGAGUGGAAGGGGCGCAUCGACUUGGCCUGGUAUGCAGCGAAUGCGUCACCGGAGUUGCGAUCGGAGGUGGUGGAUGAGUACCAUCCAACCCUGAGCAAAGAUAUGGACUGGCGUGAGCUGUAUCACGCUGCGAAUGAGGUGCACGAUGAUGGUCAUAUCGUCAAGUUCAUCCGCGCGUUGAAGAAUGGCGAGGAUGUGGUGAAGCCGUUCGAGCAAGGGCCGGGUGCCACAGACUUCCCCGUCCACGGGGAGAUGUGGCUCAAGAUGGCCAAGCUGUGCUAUGAUGGUACAGCGGAGAUUAUUGAUGAGCCCAAUCGGCUGUUGUCGAGGAAGUGGGUUUUUGGUGCUGGCUUCGAUCUCGCGUGGAAGGAGAUUCCAGACUUGGCCCAGUAG